AUGCCGGUUGACGACCCUUGGCCGGAUUUCCUCGCCAACCUCAAGCAUGACCUGGAGAAGCUCCCAAAAUUUCAGCGAGCUCAAACGGCCUACCACUUACUCAGGUGGAUCGACUACCGGGCCACUGACCGCGAGGCAGGCUACUUCCUCGGGCACAUGCAGGGCAGGACGGCCGACAUCACGGCGCUCCUCGUCGUCGCCUUCGGCGAUUCGGGUUUCCAGGAAAGUGACUUCCUGGGGCAUUGGCCUAACGGCUGGGUCCUUGGCCUCAGAGAGACGAUCGGUCGCUACAUACCGUGCCAUGAAGGUUCCCGCCAGAGCUGGGGCGAGUCCAUGCAACCGGGAAUGCCUGUCAUCAUGUUGCACAGCAGUGUUCCCCCGACGAACACCCCGGAGAGCUCCCCCAUUGACGUGGACGUCACCGACGCCGGCGAGUGCAACCAGGGCAGGCGCGGGAACAGGAAAAGGUCGGUGACGGUGGAACUCAGCUCGGGAUCAGGGGAUGCUCCGAGGGUUACCAGGAGGGUGAGUUUACCGAUGACGGGGAGCAGAGCUUCCUUCCAGCUUGACAUCCAGGUCGAGGAGGACAAUGAGAGCGAGGCCAGCACGACGGUCAUCACCGGCGCAAGGGAGCGGCCCGACGCCACUCUGUGGCCCGGAGCACCUUCACACUUUCGCCUACCUGAACCUGCACCUGGAGACCUACAGCGGGCCGGGAUCUCCAUGACGGACUUACUGGGCAUGUGGGCAGGCUGGAAAUCCGGAAGCUUGACUUCGAAUGAAAUCCAACGAGUGUAUGGUCCGGCUGUGGCGGCCUUCGUGCGCACACAUUGGGGGACUUUGCCGCCCGAGGCCUACUACCUCCUCCCGGAGACGACCGACAGGACGGAGCACGCGCCCGAGAACCACGAGGCAAACCAGGUGGAAGAGGGAGCGACCUUAACCAAUGCCUCGGGGCUCACAGCCGCAGGGUCUGAACGGGAAGCGCGGAACGCUACCACAGGCCCCGGACCCGAGGUCGACAACUCUGACCCGGCCACGGAGGGAGGAGCGCAAGCGCCAGCGGAGACGGAACCGGACGAGGCCACGACCCUCCUCGAGCUCUACAAGGCCCUCGCGCCAUUGGCCACGGCAGUGCUUGCGCCCGAAGUGCAAAUCCUUUGCCCGCCGUCGCCGCUGCAACUCGGGCGACCCUGGAUUGCAUGGCUGCUCCAAAGGGGAGUGCGCAAUGUGGAACUGACCACUUCCCUGCUGCGCCUGGCAGCACAAAGGAAUGUCCGAGACUACAUGAAUGACUGGGAGGACAUCCUCCUCGAGCUCGGACUGGCGCCCGAGGCCGACAUGGACAUGAACACCGGGUUAACGGAAGACACCCAGGGCUUCCUGCAAUGGCUGGAGGCUGAGAUGUGGGACGACUAUGUGGACCGCGCCGAGGCAGCAGCAGGAUGGGAAAGCACGCAAGUACAGGCCCUACGAGAGCAGGCUAACAUGCCACAAGAGACGAGAACCAGCUGGACAAACAGGGCAGCCGCCAGGGAGUACCAGGUUCCACCAGCACAGACAACCGCCCAUGCUGUGGAGGAGGAUACCGACUUCCACAGCCUCAUGGAACGAGACAGGAUGCAGAAUGCUGGGAAGAAGAAGGCCGGACAGGAAGAGAUCGGGGCAGAGGGCACUUACGAGAUCUCGGACCGGGCCCAGGACCACCCGAGAAAGGUGCACCACGGAGGUCCGGCGACUCACGCCGCGACGACCGGAGGGCUCCCCGCGCCGGCCUCCUCUUCGGAUGCACCGAGAGCAAACGAACGACCCAAUCUCGCUCUGGACGAGGCCUGCGCCCUGUGGCUCUUUCACCUUGGGCUGCGCAGCACCGUCAACCCAAGGGAUGUGACGCGGGCACUGGACCCGGACACCCGUGAACCGAGGGAAGAAUGGAUCCGGUCUUUGCGCAGCCCUGACCUGCCGGCCAUCAUGGCGGGACUUAUGCGAGUCCUCGCGCUGCUCAUGGUGGAAACCAGCGAGCUGCUGCUGACGCACCAGCAUUACCUCCACCUGGAGAUCGCGGUCGAUGCCGAGGAAGAGGACGACGAGGUGCUCUACAUGCAGCGAUGGACACAAGGUAAGGGCGAUAAACGGGUCCGGUUAGCUGAUGGGAGCACGGACGGCCGGGGCCCGACGGACGAAGAGAUUGCAGAGGCGGACGAGGAGGAGAGGCAGAGGGUCCGGAUAUGCACAUGGGACCUAGAGCAGGGACGGAAGUGCAGCAGCCUCCAGUGGUGGACGGUCGUGCGUUACCUCCUGGCCAACCUGCUGGACUACGACGACGUGCUGGUCUGGCAAAUGCAAUGGGGGACUAGCGACCAGGGCACCGAGGUUUCCACGGACGAGGGUACUCUUACCACAGGUGUGAACUACGUCGGCAAAGGCGGAAAUCUCUACGAGACCGGCUACGAGUUCCACGGAUCUGCUUUGGUAGUGUCUAAGCUGCUGGGAGCCACUUACCUCUGGGACAAGGUCCGCGUGAGCGGUGGCGCCUACGGCGGCCUGUGCCGCUUUGACCCGAGGAGUGGCGACUUCAAGUACCUGUCUUACCGGGAUCCAAACCUCGGCAAGACGCUGGAGGCCUAUGACGGUGCCCCGGCCUUCCUGAAGGAUCUGGAUCUGGGCGAGGAUGAGCUGACCAAGGCCAUCAUCGGCUGCAUGGGAGACAUCGAUGCCUACCUGCUCCCGGAU